AUGGGUACAGACGGUUAUUCUGUUUUUGUGCUUCAUGAAGGACAUUAUGCAAGAUCCCCUGACUACGUAUAUCGAAAGUGUAAUACUGCACUAAUUCGUGGUCCAGCAGGUGCUUUUGUAGUGAACCCUGGGUCUGUUUGGAAUGGGCCUGAGUUAUUAUCAUCUCUCAAAGCUGCGGGUAUUCACGAACCUGAAAAGGAUAUCAAAGGUGUCAUAUGUACAGAUGGUCAUGCUGAACAUGUUGGUUGUAUGAGCACAUUUGGUUGUGCUGACAUAAUGAUUGUUGGAUACGAUAUACAAAUGCGAGGCGACAAGUUCUUGGAGCACGAUUUCUCCUGUGGAAUAACACCGUAUGAAUUUGAUGAGAAUUUUUUUGUUAUCGGAACUCCUGGUCAGAGAGGUCCACAAGUCAGUUUGAUAGUAAAUGGUCGUCUUAUAGAGUUGAAGACUGGUGAGUGUCGUGAAUCAUGUCGUAUAGCUGUUACUGGGAACUUGUUUAUGGAUGUUCAAGAUGCCAGUCGUGUAAGCUUUCUUGACACGCUGGAAGGGAAUUAUGGAGAAAGUAACUGUGACAAAGAAAAUUUGAUCAACGGUUGGCGUCAAAGCCGUAUGUCUAUUUUAGAGCGAGCUGAUUGGGUAGUCCCUGCUUAUGGCCCUCCCUUCAAGGUUAAACCGGAAUAUUCUUCAACACCAUGCGCUAAUAAAUUACGUCAACAUUUCACUCAUCAAUUUUCGUGUAGUUUAAAGAAACCUAUACCUAAUUUAUAUUCAAGAUAUCUAUAUCAAUAUAAAUUAAAAAAACAAAAUAAACUAUUAACUGCUGCAGCUAUUGAUGCAUGUAAUUUAAAACCUGGUGAUGAUGUAUUAGAAAUUGGAUUUGGACAAGGUUAUGGUAUUAAAUUAGCUGCUGAAUAUGUUGCUCCUGUUACAAUUAAUCAUUGGAAAUCUUCACGAAUUAAAUUUAUACUAGAAAAUGUUUUUUCAACAUCAACUAUUAAAUCGAAUACAUUUAAAAAUGAUGGUCAUGUUUAUGGUGUUGAAAUUUCUGAAUAUAUGCUACAAAAAGCAAAAAGGAAACUAUGGCCUCUUACUAAAACUGAUUGCAUUGACUUACAAUUAAGAAGUGUACAACAUCUGAAUUAUCCACCUUCCUCUAUCAAUGCUUGUUUUCAUGUGAAUUGUUUUUACUUCUGGCCUUCGUUAACGUAUUGCUUACAAAAAAUUUGGAGAGUUCUACGUCCUAAUGGACGUCUUGUAACUACUUUUCAAAUAAAUCAAUUAAUUGAUUUACAUCAACGUGGAUGGUUUCAAUAUGGUAAUCCUGAUCCUUUAAUUUAUGUGAUGGCAUUAGAAACAUGUGGAUUUCAUCAAAUUGAAUGGUUAAAACAACAAACAAAAUUCAAUGUAAAUGAAACAUAUGACUGUAUUAUUGCUCACAAACCACCCAUUCCAUUAUUAAGUGCUUCAAUCUCUUAG